UGUCCGCGUGCGCAGGCGGAAGUUCCCGGAUCAAGGAGCCGCCAUCUUUCCCGGGCUGAGCUGAGAGAACAGAGAGGCUGAGCCGCUGGGAGACGUAGCGAACACAAUCGGCUUCCAUCCGCCCAGUAGAUCAUCUGUAAUCCCCGCUAGCUACCGUCAUGGAAGAGCGAGAGGACCUAGUGUACCAAGCCAAGCUGGCCGAGCAGGCAGAGAGAUAUGACGAAAUGGUGGAGUCAAUGAAGAAGGUGGCAGGAAUGGAUGUGGAAUUGACGGUAGAAGAGAGAAACUUGCUUUCUGUUGCAUAUAAAAACGUAAUUGGGGCUAGAAGAGCGUCCUGGAGAAUAAUCAGCAGCAUUGAACAGAAAGAGGAGAACAAAGGCGGAGAAGAUAAACUUAAAAUGAUCAAAGAAUAUCGACAAACGGUUGAGUCAGAGCUGAAAUCCAUCUGUAAUGACAUUCUGGAUGUACUGGACAAACACCUCAUUCCAGCUGCAACCACUGGGGAGUCCAAAGUUUUUUACUAUAAAAUGAAAGGAGACUACCACCGAUAUUUGGCAGAGUUUGCCGUAGGAAACGACCGGAAGGAAGCUGCGGAAAACAGCUUGGUUGCUUAUAAAGCUGCAAGUGAUAUUGCCAUGACAGAACUUCCUCCAACACAUCCCAUUCGUUUAGGUCUUGCACUUAAUUUCUCUGUCUUUUACUAUGAAAUUCUUAAUUCCCCUGACCGUGCCUGCAGGUUGGCAAAAGCAGCAUUUGAUGAUGCUAUUGCAGAACUGGACACACUGAGUGAAGAAAGUUACAAGGACUCCACGCUUAUCAUGCAAUUGUUACGUGAUAAUCUGACACUAUGGACUUCAGAUAUGCAAGGCGAUGAUUCCUAAAGGAAAACCCAAGUGUUUCUUAAGUACUCUUUGAGAGGAACAGAAUAAAGAAGCACUGCAGGAUGUGGAAGAUGAAAAUCCGUGAAACCAUAAAAGCCAAGAAGAGACCCUCUAACCAACUGCCCCUUCCCUCCAAAUAUCCCGUCUCACUCUGAGGACCAUCAAAAUUUGACUUUUACACUGGUUCUCAGGAUUUAGGUUCCUGCCCAGUUGGGUGUAUCAUUUUUACACAGUUUAAGAAUUCUUAAAGGCAAGAGUGAAUGACUGGGGAUUUUGCUGCUGCUGCCAGCCAUCUUAGGUUCUUUAAGACACUAACAGGACUGCAUAGAGGCUUUUUCAGCAUUAGAUUGUCUCCGUGCCAUCCAGCACUAUAAACUCUUAGAAACACAUAGAAUGAGCAAAAGACGUUACUCUUUAGGGCAGACCAGAGUCAAUCGCACUGUAGAAUUUGUGUGGUGGCUUAUUUUAUUUUAUAAAUGUUUUGAGAUAAAAUUCAUACUAUUGUUUAAAAUGUGGUUAGAGCUUGACGUUGCAGAUUGCUUCAGAAUGUCCUUGUAGUGGUUUUGCUGUAAAAGUGUUUUCAAACUGUGCAAAAAUGUUGCUGAAAACUCUGGUGCUGGUAACACGUCAACAAUCCGAGUUUAUUCAUUCUUGCCGUCUUUUUACUUUUCCCUCCUCAGAGCAGGUUAGCAUUGGAGCUGGUGUUGAAUAGCCUGCAUGCGUGUUUAAAUUUAUUAUUUUUAUUAUUUUUUCUGUUUUUCUAUCUUCUCCCCUCUCUCCCCUUCUCUCGCUCAACCUAUCUUUCGUUCAGUAUGUGUAACUUGAAGCUAAUUUGUACUACUGGAUAUCUGACUGGAGCCACAGAUACAGAAUCUGUAAUUGUUCUUACUGAAACACAGCAUGGAAUUAACAUUAAACUUAAAUAAACAAACCUAAAUUAAAAAUGCCAAAUAUUACUGUUACCUGAUCUUUCUUAUUGUCUGUGUUUUUAAAAUUGUAUUGAUAGUCAAAGCCCAGCAUUGUUAGAAUAUUGUCUUGUCACAUCUGAAGAUGUAACACACAGAUGGUUGAGUCUUGAUCCGUAACAUUUGUUUGACAGCCAUUAACAAUUCUUUUUCGAAAUUUAUAAUCGUGUGGUUGUGCUAAUAUUUGGAUAAACGUAAAAUUGUUCAGCUUGAUUUGUAAGUAUUUAAACCUUUAAUGGGGAUGAUUUUAUCUUUAAGUUUAGACUGUUGGAGGGGGGCACUAGAACUAGCGUGACAUUUGGCUUUUUGUCCCUGAAUUGGUGUAGUCUUUUCAUAUUUCAACAAAAAGACGACCCACGUGUAAUUGGCUUCCUUUAAAGAAAUAAAAACAUCCAUAAAGUGAA